CACUGCUGCUGCUGCUGCAGCCCCCACUGUGCGUCCCCUUGGGUAGGAGCAGCCCCUGCUGCUGUGCUAUCAUCUCCAAGCGCCGUCGCCGGGCUGGCUGCUGCUACGCCAAAGGCAUUGGCGGUGGCAGCUGCCACUGCUGAUGCAGCGCAAGACGAAGCCGAAUUUCUGCAGCAUGCAAGUACAACGGCGGCCGAGGAGGGAGUUUCACCAUAACCGGACGCCGUUUCCAGUCCAUCGCGACAACUAUCCCUGACGCCACGGGCAAGCUUCUCGUCCUCAUGCGGAGGCGUGUCGCUUCCGCUGUUGGUGCUGUUGCUUUCCCCGUUGACGGCGCGGUCACCUGUUGCUGCUGCGGGGGCAUUGCUGGAGACGACAGCAGCAGUCAACUCCAAGCCCGCCGCCGCCGGCUCUAAUUCCUCCUCUGUCCGAUCUGCCCUUGUUGUGUUCACCGAUGUAGGAACCCCCUCCGCAUCACCGCGAUGACUUGCGCCAUUCUCCGUAGUAAUCUUGCCCGAUGCAGCAGCCGUGGUUGACGUCCCCGUUGUUGAUGCUGGCGGCGUGGCGGCCGCUGCGUCCCGAGGCUGCGCGCGCCGGAGGUAAGCAUCGGCGUGCAAGAUGGGAUCGGUAACUGCGGAAGUUUUACUCCGCUUGUGCUGCUGUUCCAGGGAGCGACCAUCAUCAUCACGAGCACAAAAUACCGCUCUCGGCAGUGUAGGCCGACCACCAGACGUGUGCCCUCCGCCCUCCCUGAUUGGCAGGGGAGCUUGAGCGCUGUUGUGCUUGAACGGCAAGGCGUGAAAAAAAUCGAAAGAGCCCGCGGCUGCAGGCAGCAAGUCGGACACCUUGCCGAAUGCUUCUAUAACGUCUCAGGGACCCUCGUCACACGCUCGCGCGGCUACGGAGCGACCCCCUGUCGAAAACUCCGAACGCAAAAGGAUGAUGAACGAGCGUUAUUCCGAAGGUUGAAGCAACCCACAGCAGGCACGGAGCAAGUGUUGUGAAGAAGUCGUGAAGAACCUAUGGAAUGGACAAGGGUUCAGCAGGGCUGCCGCCGGAAUUACGCCAACGUUGCCACCGCCCGCGCGCGGGAGAAGCCGUCGCUUGACCUUAUCUGCUGUACCGGAAGCGUGGAGGAUGACGCGGUGUGCAUCGGGGGUGAAAGCCGAACUACCAAGAUCCUCAUUUCAAAGCUGGCAUUCGUCAUCCCGCUCGCGGCGCUGGCGGUCAACGCGUUCUGCGACUGGCUCGCCGGAGGCGCGACCCCUUCAAGAGCGCGAGCUCGGUGGAACCGGUUCUUGCUGUACGUGGCCGUCAUGCUGGGUCGCACCUUGGGCUUGUACUUUGGCUUGAAUUACAUCCAGGAUCUUGUUCAGUCCGAGGAAUCGAGCAACUGCUGGUACGCGCACCUCAGGCGCAGCGGGAGGUGCAGCGAGCACUUCGACUUCGCCGAUCAUGUGGUCCUCGCCGUGUGCCAGUACUACGCGAUACAGGCAAAAAUGAAGGUAUUUGAGCUCUGCUGCAUUCUCCGAGAAUACGGAGACUUUUCCUGCCAAGCCGCCGCCAUCGCCUCCGGCCUCCAGCGAAAACCAUCACCAACUCCAUCAUCUCCCUCUUCCUCUUCCUCGUCCUCAUCGAGAUCACCACCACAUCCACCGCCGCCAUUACGGCCGUCGCCGUUCCUGUCGGUCCUUCCCGCGGCCGCCGUCUGUGCGGCGGUGGCGGGGGCCGCUCUGCUCCUGGUGUACGACACGGCCGCGUUCUUCCACUCGAGGGCGGAGACCGUCGCCGCGCUCAUCAUCUCCUGGUUCGUCGUGGGGGAACCCCUGCUGAGCUUGACGGGCGGUGCGGCGGUGGCGGCGGGCGGCGGCGGGACUGUUAGCUAGCGGUGUCGGGAGGUUCCGGAGGCUUGGGAGGCGUGUGUCUUUGGCCCCAUCCCCGCCGGUAGGGCUGAUGUGAUUUUCGACUGGUGUUGGAUUCUUUUUCGCUCUGCUGGUGGUACUUACACUGUCAACAGAGGAGCCGUGUGCAUUGCUAGUGUAGUUGUUGCUCUGUCCGCCCGAACGUGACGGCCGUUUCUUUUUCGGCUUGCCAAGGUAGAGGCUGUGGUCAGAAAAGGGUUUGCCAGCCUCUUCAGUGUAGUUUUAAUAUUCUGCGGGAAAUGCGGGGCUUGAAACGGUCGAAUCGAUUACCUGGAGGGGCGUCUUUCUUGGAAGUGCGAAGGGCGCCUUGUGGAUACACAGCAGUAGAUUCGCCGCCCAAGGCGUGGUGAUUAAUAACCUUUUACGAAUGUGGUGCGAUGGCAUGGCACCACGACGUUUUCAAAUUCAGCGUAGCGUAGAUGAACGUUCAAUUAAUAGUUAGGUUAGGCCGGUCUGUCGGCGAAUGGGAAAGCGGAUGAUGCGCUGAUGGACUGAUUGGUCUGGGCGGGCGUGACGAACGAGAAUUCAUGCUUGGGAUGGCAGACACUGCUCCACGACCGAGAGGACUCCUCUCACUGAUGUUGCUGCACACUUGAACCCUUCGAGUCGUUUUUCGGACCCCUGCUGCUCUUAAACGCCGG